AAGGAAGUCAUAUGUAGGUGAAGGUCAAAUAUGGGUGACGGUGAUUCUGCAGCACCGCCGCGACUUCAACAUUUGUUUGAGAUUGAUCCGUACCUCAAAAACGUAGAAGCAGAGAUCAAACGAAGAUAUGGAGUUUUCCUAGGUUUGCAGAAGUCCAUUGAACAAAAUGAAGGAGGAUAUGAGAGAUUUAGCCGAGGUUAUGAAUCUUUUGGCAUACAUCGGACGCCGGAUAAUGGCAUCUACAUGAAGGAAUGGGCACCUGGAGCAGAGGGGGUCUUCUUAAGAGGCGAAUUUAAUGGUUGGAAUCAGACACAGCAUUCCUUUACAAAAGGAGAAUUUGGAAAAUGGGAACUUAAAAUCCCACCUAACCCAGACGGGUCUUGUCCAAUACCUCACAACAGUAAGAUUAAGUUAGUGAUCAAAACCAGAUCGGGAGAGCUGGUGGACCGGUUAUGUCCCUGGGCUACCUACGUCACCCAGCCUGACCCGACCAAGGCUUAUGACCAGGUGUUCUGGGAUCCUCCACAGAAAUAUAACUUUCAACAUCCACAUCCAAAAAAAUCAGACAGCCUGAGGAUUUAUGAGUCACAUGUUGGCAUUGCAUCCUGGGAAGGAAAAAUUGCCACUUACAAAGAGUUCGCACAGAAUGUUAUACCACGUAUCAAGAAUUUAGGCUACAAUGCAAUACAGAUGAUGGCCAUCAUGGAGCACGCGUAUUACGCCAGCUUUGGGUAUCAAGUCACCAGCUUCUUUGCUGCUUCUAGUCGUUAUGGUACACCCGAGGAGUUGAAGGAAUUGAUAGACGUAGCUCACGCUAACGGAAUCACAGUUUUACUAGAUGUGGUCCACAGUCACGCAUCAAAGAAUACGGUGGAUGGGCUUAACCAGUUUGAUGGAACAAAUUCCUGUUUCUUCCAUGAUGGCGGCAGGGGGCAGAAUGAUUUAUGGGGAUCCAGACUGUUUAAUUAUACUGAGUGGGAAGUUCUACGAUUCUUGUUAUCUAAUCUACGUUGGUGGAUUGAGGAGUAUAAAUUUGACGGCUUUAGAUUUGACGGUGUAACUUCUAUGCUGUACCAUACUCAUGGAAUAGGUCAUGGUUUCAGUGGAGAUUAUGGGGAAUACUUUGGUUUGAACACAGACACAGAAUCCUUGGUUUACCUGAUGUUAUCCAAUCAAAUGCUGCACUCACUUUACCCAGAAUUCAUGAUAACAAUAGCAGAGGAAGUGUCAGGAAUGCCAGCAUUAUGUCGGCCCAUUGAUGAGGGAGGUACAGGGUUUGACUACCGCCUAGCCAUGGCCAUCCCUGAUAUGUGGAUCAAGCUUUUAAAAGAGCGCUCAGAUGACCAGUGGGAGAUGGGAAAGAUCUGUCACACUUUAGCCAACAGACGAUAUGGGGAGAAGUGUAUCGCGUACGCAGAGAGUCACGAUCAGGCGCUGGUAGGGGACAAAACUCUGGCCUUCUGGUUGAUGGAUAAAGAGAUGUACACCCACAUGUCCACCUUAUCACCCCCUAGUCUAAUUAUAGACAGGGGAAUUGCCCUACACAAAAUGAUCAGGCUCAUCACCAUGGGGUUAGGAGGAGAGGGGUAUCUUAACUUUAUAGGAAAUGAGUUUGGUCACCCUGAGUGGCUGGACUUUCCGCGGGCGGGUAACAACUCUAGUUACCACUACUGCCGACGACAGUGGCACCUGGUGGAUGACGACAUACUGAGGUAUAAAUAUCUCAACAACUUUGACAGGGACAUGAUGCAUCUGGAGAUGAAGUACGGCUGGCUUAGUCAUCCUCAGAACUACAUUUCUCGGAAGCAUGAGGGUGAUAAGGUGGUUGUGUUUGAUAGAGCCGAUGUUUUGGUGUUUGUGUUCAACUGGCAUCCAUCCAACAGUUACACAGACUACAAAAUAGGGGUCAAUAUUCCCGGAAAAUACAAAAUAGUGCUCGACUCGGAUGCUGAGCAGUAUGGUGGACACAAACGUUUAGAUCACUCUAUAGAUUACUUCACCAACAAUGACCCCUGGGACAACAGACGCUGUUCUAUGAUGGUCUACAUUCCUUGUCGAACUGCCUUUGUUCUUGCAAAAGUGGAUUGACCCUGGCUAAUGCUGACAUAGUGCUGAUUUAUUCCUAAGAUCUGAAAGCAUUGUCCAGUAUUCAUUACCGCUCUUCCACACAAUGUACAAUGUAGGAGGAUGACAAAGUGUGUGCCAUAUUGUAGUCUAAAUGGUCUAUAAAAUACAGCAUGCAAUGUAUUUUAAAGGGACAUAACAAAUACAUAAUCAUAUUAAGCUUUAAGCCACACUGUUGUUGAGAAAGCAGUCCCGCAACAUAAAUAUGUCUUCUGCUUCCCGGACUGCUCAGCCCUUCGAGGCCAUACCGGUAUUCUUUUUUUCUUUUUAUUUAAAAUUUAAUUUGCCUAUUUUUUUCAUGCUAUUGAUGCUAUCAUUGUUGCUACUGCUGACAAUAGUUACAAGGUUGUUGUAUGUUAAUCAAACAUAAUGGAGUAAAAUUGAUGACAAAUUUACAA